CCGAUAGCCAUCUCUACAACUGACUCAGAUCGACUUGGUGGCCGACUUUUUCCACGAAAAUCUUUGUUAAUAACACACUACGUUAAUAGUACGACUUAGCGGAAUCGAAAAAUAGGCAAUAUAAAAAGUGCGUGUGACUAAAAAUAGAAACGAAUUAAAGUGCAACGUGUGCAGUUGAAGCCGCAUAAAGUAUCACGCCCCAAUAGCAAAACAAAGGUGGAGAGAGUGCGUAAGAGAGACGUGAGCGAGAAAGAGAGCGAGGAGAGAGGAGAGGUCAGCAAACCCGCACUUAAGAAAAAAAGAAGAAAAAAAGUCGACACGACACGUACAAAAGUUGAGAAACCAUAAGAAAAAAAAUACAAAACUCGUAAACAUGUCAUCCGGCGACUUUGGCAACCCGUUGCGGAAAUUCAAAUUGGUCUUCCUCGGCGAGCAGAGUGUGGGCAAAACGUCGCUAAUUACACGAUUCAUGUAUGACAGCUUCGACAACACGUAUCAGGCGACAAUCGGUAUUGAUUUUCUAUCGAAGACAAUGUACCUGGAGGAUCGCACAGUGCGCCUACAGCUAUGGGAUACGGCGGGCCAGGAGCGUUUUCGUUCCCUAAUACCCUCGUAUAUACGCGACUCGACCGUUGCCGUCGUCGUCUACGAUAUAACGAACACAAACUCAUUCCAUCAGACGUCCAAGUGGAUCGAUGACGUGCGCACGGAACGAGGCAGUGAUGUCAUCAUCAUGCUGGUUGGCAACAAAACGGAUCUGUCCGACAAACGACAGGUGUCCACGGAGGAGGGGGAACGCAAGGCGAAAGAGCUAAAUGUGAUGUUCAUUGAGACGAGCGCCAAGGCCGGCUAUAAUGUGAAACAACUGUUUAGGCGCGUUGCGGCGGCGCUGCCCGGCAUGGAUUCAACGGAGAACAAACCAUCGGAGGAUAUGCAAGAGGUUGUGCUCAAGGAUUCGCCCAAUGAGACUAAGGAUCCUGAAGGUGGCUGUGCCUGCUAGAACUGGGUGCACUCACCCAAAUCCAGACCCAACCCAAUCCAGCCUAGCCCAAGCCCAAGCCACGCCCCCAAAUUCUCCUCCUCCAACACAACCUCCGCUGACACUGACACACACAUCCAAACACACACACACCCAGAGAUGCGCUGGCGGCGACAUGGUUGAGCACCAAUUGUAGCCCAAAGCGGGCUAAAGGAUAAAAGAUGAACAUGCUAAAAAUUCAAGAUAAACAUUAGCUGCACACACACAUAAAAACACAAUUCUUAUGUUUAAGUUUAUUUAUAAAAACAACAACAAAAAAUUAUAAAAUGAUAACAAAACAAAAAAAAAAAACAUAAAAACAUAAAUAGACUAAAAGCUAAUUUAACGCAAAUCGGCUAAAAAAAUAUGUAUGCAUUGCAAUUUAAGUGUGCGCCUAAUCCUAAUCCUAUUAUCCAUGCUAAAAAUAGUUGAGCUCGGUUCACACGUGCCUGCCUGUCAGCUACCAUCUUAAUCCUUGACAAUUAAACUUUGCUCCUCUGGCAAACCUGUAAU